AUGUUUGAACAGCAGAUCAAGGCUGAACCCAUGAGCCACUUUCCUGGCCAAUGCAGUCCUCAUCCACUGCUUUCCCGCAACACCGAUUUUUACACUCAUCCCCAUGUACACACUGGCCCCCCCACGAUAAUCCGAACAGAUUCAAAUCAUGCAAGCAUCAUCAACAUGAAUCAACAUCAUCAGUCACAUCAAGAGGAUUCUAAAGACAGCCUCAUAGUACAACAGCAAGUACAACAUCAACAAGAUCUCAUGGAACAACAUCAACAGCAACAAGAAAUGCAACAAGAUGACGAGUUAAGCUUCAAGGGAAUGGAAGAUGAAGGGGUUGAAAUGGAUAUGGAUGGUCGACAAUGUUCUCAGGGUAUGGGAGUAGACAUGGGAUCUAUUCAAACCAAGAUGGAAGUAUCGAAUGGACAGCAAUCGGCACCUCGUUCUAAACCUCAAGCUUGUAAGGUAUGUGGAAAAGUGUUAUCGUCGGCGUCUUCAUACUACGUUCAUAUGAAGCUACACUCAGGAAACAAACCUUUUCAGUGUACUGUUUGCGACGCAGCUUUUUGCCGUAAACCUUACCUGGAAGUCCACAUGCGUACUCAUACAGGAGAACGCCCCUUUCAAUGUGAUCUCUGCCUCAAACGAUUUACCCAGAAGUCCAGUCUGAACACGCACAAACGUGUCCACACAGAUGAGCACAUGCGCGCGUUGAUGGUGAAGGACCGGCCCUACAAGUGUGAACUCUGUCAGAUGCGGUUCACGCAGAGCUCCAGCCUCAACCGACACAAGAAAAUUCACACGGAGGAGCACAGACGAGCCCUGUUAGAGAAAGUGCGGCCGUACCAGUGCCACAUCUGUUUUAUGCGCUUCACUCAGAAGUCCAGCCUGGGACGACAUGGGAAAAUACACACUGAGGAGCACAUCCAAUCGCUGAUCAACAAAGUGCGCCCCUAUCAAUGCGACAUCUGUGACAAGCGGUUUACUCAGAAGUCCAGCCUUGGCACUCAUAAACGCAUACACACCGGGGAGCGGCCGUUCCAGUGCACCGUCUGCCUCAAGUCCUUCACGCAGAAGUGCGCGCUCAAUUUGCACGAAAAAAUACAUACGGGUUAG